UUCCCCGGAUGUCGUCCAGUUCAGAAGGUCCGCCCUAGAACCGGCUAUGAGCAGAUUCUUGCGCUGGUCGCCGUCCAGCCUGCAAUUGCUGCCAUUCCUCUGCCGAGCCAGGCCGGAGUUGCCCCUGUCCUGGCCCGCGGCUCUGCCGGCCGUCCCUACAAACCAGUGUAG